AUGACUCCUUCACCUUCAUAUCGAUCAUCCGAUCCACCCGACUCCCCCACGCAUGAUUCCGACUCGGACCUCGAACUGGACAUCCAGGAGCUCGACCCGAUAUCGAUUUCCCCAGCUCCCAGGGCCAACCACGAGCGGCUCUCGGCUGAGCCUCAGACAUCGCGGAUAGCCCUGCGAAAUCUGCGCAUGGGUGGGUUGCGGCGCGCCAGCAAGAGAAACCGGGGGUAUGGCGACCUCGGCCAGGAUAGAGAUGGAACCGACGAGCAUUCUCAGGCGCUGUUGGAGGGAGAACAGGAUGGCAAUGGACCGCGGUGGUCGGAGGGAAGCGGAUACGGCGAAGAUGACCGACCGUUACUGGGAGACCAAACUUCGCAAAGCCAGAGAUCCAUGAAUUCGGAUCGCGUCACAUCCCGCCUGCGACUUCCGAGCUUCAUGUCGGGGUCUAAGAAGCCCGAACCCAACGAUGCCGACGACCAAGAAGACGAUGACCCUUCCGCAUCCCGACAUGUGGCUGUGGGCUCGACACAACCCGUACGAUUCCCGAACAACAUCAUAUCCAAUGCCAAAUACACGGCCCUGACGUUCCUCCCCAUCACGCUGUACAACGAAUUCUCCUUCUUCUUCAACAUGUAUUUCUUGCUUGUGGCCCUUUCGCAGGCCAUACCCGCUCUAAGGAUCGGUUAUCUUUUGACGUACAUCGCCCCUUUGGCGUUUGUGCUUUGUAUUACUAUGGGAAAGGAGGCGUUUGAUGACAUUGCCCGACGACGGAGAGAUACGGAAGCCAACUCGGAGGAGUACAAUAUUCUUGUUUUUCAGGAUUCCGAUUCGACACAGACUCCUCUGCGGCAACGAAAGAUGCUCAAGUCGGAACUGUUGCGGAAGCAAUCCAAGAGACCCAAGGGAGCUCGGGACAGUCUCUCAGAUAUCCUUGAGGAGGACGAUUCUCAGGCUCCCCCGCCCUCUUCCCGGGUCGUGGAGGUCAGCCGGAAGUCAAAGGACUUGAAGGUUGGAGACGUUCUGAAGCUCACCAAGGGCCAACGUGUGCCCGCCGACGUGGUGAUUCUAAAGUGCUUCUCUUCUGAGGCACCCACCCCUGCCCCAAUCCCCGAUGAGCCGGCCGAGGAGGAGUCCCUUUUGGCGUUUGGCGAUGGUGAAGCGGACCCUGCUGGGAAGGGAAAGCAGCCUGCGGAAGACACUCCCGAGGAAGAGGAAAGCGGACCAGGAGGCGAAACCUUUAUCAGGACUGACCAGCUUGACGGCGAGACGGAUUGGAAGCUGAGACUUGCAUCACCUCUCACCCAGAACCUCCCGACUGAGGAGUUUGUCCGUCUUCGCGUUACUGGUGGCAAGCCCGAUAGAAAGGUCAACGAGUUCCUGGGCACCAUUGAACUCGUCGACUCACGAAAGGAAGCGUUGGCGCACCACGCAAUGGCUCAAGACUCGGACGCUUCACGAACGGCUGCUCUCUCGAUUGACAACACGGCUUGGGCAAACACCGUUAUUGCCUCCCAAGCUACUACUCUGGCUGUCAUUAUGUACACCGGCCCUCAGACGAGAUCCGCCCUGUCCACAGCUCCCUCACGAUCAAAGACCGGCUUGCUCGAAUAUGAGAUCAACUCGUUGACCAAGAUUCUCUGCGCCUUGACUCUUGCUCUCUCCAUCAUCUUGGUUGCGCUGGAGGGCUUUGGUACUACCGAAGGCAACGUGUGGUACGUCAAGAUUAUGCGAUUCCUGGUUCUCUUCUCGACCAUUGUCCCGAUCAGUCUCCGUGUCAACCUUGACAUGGGCAAGAGCGCAUAUUCUUGGUUCAUCCAACGUGAUCCAGGCAUGCCUGGAGCUGUUGUUCGAACAAGUACAAUUCCUGAGGACCUAGGACGUAUCGAGUAUCUCCUGAGCGACAAGACUGGCACACUCACACAGAACGAGAUGGAAAUGAAAAAGAUCCACGUCGGCACUGUAUCGUAUGCCAACGAGGCAAUGGAUGAAGUUUCGACAUAUGUACGACAAGGAUUCUAUAUCCCGCCGUCGACGGACCACGCAUCUAACAACAUGCUCAUCACUCCGUCGUCAACAUACUCGAGCACUGCAACCAUGGGCACAACACGUACAAGGAGAGAGAUUGGCACACGAGUCCGUGAUGUUGUACUUGCUCUUGCGCUCUGCCACAAUGUCACGCCAACUGUGGAUAUCGAGGAUGGGAAGGAGGUGACUGGCUACCAGGCAUCUUCCCCUGAUGAGAUUGCCAUUGUCAAGUGGACAGAAUCUGUGGGUCUCAGACUCGUGUAUCGCGACCGCAAAAGCAUGGUUCUGGAAUUCACUGGCAGCAAGCGACCCGUGGUUCGAGUACGGAUCCUGGACGUCUUCCCUUUCACUUCUGAAGGCAAGCGCAUGGGUAUCAUUGUUCAUUUCCACGAGAACAUCAACGUCAAGAACCCUGACCUGUCGAGUGGAGAAAUCUGGUUCUUCCAAAAGGGUGCCGACACUGUCAUGAGCUCCAUCGUGGCAGCCAACGACUGGCUUGACGAGGAGACGGCCAACAUGGCCCGCGAAGGCUUGCGUACACUCGUUGUUGGCCGCAAGAAGCUUUCGUCACAGCAGUACCAAGAGUUCUCUUCUCGAUAUCAGGAGGCGUCUUUGUCCAUCAGCGGACGUGAUGCUGGUAUGCAGCGAGUUGUAUCUCACUACCUCGAGCGCGACCUGGAACUCAUCGGUGUCACUGGUGUUGAGGAUAAGCUGCAGAAGGACGUCAAACCAUCUCUAGAGCUUCUCCGCAAUGCUGGCAUCAAGAUUUGGAUGUUGACUGGUGACAAGGUGGAAACUGCAAGAUGUGUAGCUGUCAGCUCCAAGUUGGUUGCUCGUGGUCAAUACAUCUAUACAGUUGCCAAGCUGAAGAAGAAGGACAACGCUCAGGAGCAUCUCGACUUCCUCCGCAGCAAGACCGAUGCCUGUCUACUUAUCGAUGGUGAGAGUCUGGCACUCUUCCUGACACAUUUCCGAAUCGAGUUCAUCUCCAUCGCCGUUCAGCUCCCCACCGUUGUUGCUUGCCGUUGCUCACCCAACCAGAAGGCCGAGGUGGCCAAGCUCAUCCGCGAGUAUACUAAGAAGCGCGUGUGCUGUAUCGGCGAUGGUGGCAACGAUGUCUCCAUGAUUCAGGCUGCUGAUGUCGGUGUCGGUAUUGUGGGCAAGGAGGGUCGACAGGCCAGUCUGGCGGCCGACUUUUCCAUCGAACAGUUCUGCCAUCUCGUCAAGCUCUUGGUUUGGCAUGGUCGAAACAGCUACAAGAGAAGCGCUAAGCUCGCUCAGUUUGUUAUCCACCGUGGUCUGAUUAUCGCUGUGUGCCAGACUAUGUACAGUAUUGCCAUUAAGUUUGAGCCUGAGGGCUUGUACAAGGACUGGCUUCUUGUUGGUUAUGCCACUUGCUACACCGCGGCUCCCGUCUUGUCACUUGUGCUAGACAAGGACGUCGACGAGAACCUCGCCAACUUGUACCCAGAACUAUACAAGGAGCUCACCACUGGGCGCUCCCUAUCAUACAGGACAUUCUUCGUCUGGGUCUUUGUGUCCAUCUACCAAGGCGGCAUGAUCCAGGGCCUAUCGCAGAUCCUUACUGAGGUUGACGGCCCCAAGAUGGUUGCCGUCAGCUACACCGUCCUCGUCCUUAAUGAGCUCCUCAUGGUUGCUAUUGAAAUUACUACAUGGCAUCCCAUCAUGAUUAUUAGCAUCGUCGGCACGUUUCUUUUGUACAUUGGUUCGAUACCAUUCCUCGGCGGGUACUUUGAUCUCAAGUUCCUGAUCACCUUGGGAUUUGUAUGGCGCGUGCUAGCUAUUGGCGCCAUCUCACUGAUCCCACCGUACGCUGGCAAGUUGAUUAGGAGAACGAUGAAGCCUCCGUCGUACAGAAAGGUUCAGAGCCAUUAGAGCAUCUCACAUCAAAUGGGUUGGAGUUUUUUGCGUGCUGGCGUUGGAUCAUGCGGUAGACGGUUGCCCCCUCAGUGUUUUUGCUAGUAAAAUUAUAGGUUUCUAUUUGUACCCCAUAGAUGACAUUGCAUGCCUCGUUAUGAGUGCUCCCAAUCAUGCAAGAAAUUAUACAACUCUUUUAUU